ACAGCUUUGGACGGCCGCUUUGUGGUUUCAUCAUCUUUUGGCUUUUCGAUCGAAUGGCUGGAAGAUUUUCACAGCCGUGUUGUCCGCCAACACGCUAGCUUCAUCAGUGAGAGUGACGUCAUUCAACAAAGAGCAGUCAGACACGGUCAGACUGCUUGGCUGCCAGUGGCCCGGCUCAGAAAAAUGAUCAGCGAGGCUUGGUUCAAGUGGCGGUUGCUUGUGCGAGGGUACGCCUACAAUAUCGCGGGUGUGGCGCAGAACCCCAUUGACAUACAUCAGGGAGUUGAAGAUUUGCUGAAACCUGUUCUUCCUGCUUUACAAAAAGCAUUUUCAGAUGCUGCCGUGGCUUCAGCACGCUCAGCAAACAUGCGGCGAGAUGUCAUUGUCAUGGACGGGAACGCAAAGAACCGGCGGGCUGUAUGCGCAGCGUUGCUGUGCGGGAGAAAGCAGUCUCUUUCUCUCAACAAAACACUCCGGCACAAUUGCCCAGCUACCCCUGCGCUUGGGCAUCUCUUUUGCGCCAAGCACAAUACAGAUGAUGUGGCUGCUGCACCUCAGGACCUGGAAGAAAGCUAUUUUGUUUGCCUCUUGGCCCUUGCUGCGUCCGUUGUGGCAAUGAGCCGGGAUGUUGAAUAUUUGCCGGCAAUGAAGAAGAUUUGGGAUGCUGUGGGGAAGAUGUGGCAACCAGCUGACAUCCUCACGGCUAAAGGCCACCAGAUGUGUCAAACAUGGGCCGUCCGCGCAUCGCACCCUGAGUACCCAUAUGCACUGCACUUGUUAUCGAUGAUGGCACCUUUGACGAACGGAGCUGCUGCGCAGAUUUUUCCCACGGCAAGCAGUCCUUUGGUUGCCUUUGGAAUCAACGUGAACUAUUCACAAACACGAAAGAGCUCAUGCACCAGCCAUGCUGACAGCAUCACCAGGGUGUUGGAUUCCCAUGUCCGGCAAAAGACUCAAACCUUCUUGAACCAGAUGUCAGUGGAACAAGAUUUCACGCAUGAUGAAAGCACCGCUGGUCAGAGGUCCAAACCGGUUGCGGCUGUGGUGCUAUCAUCCGCCAUCGCAAGGACACCCAGACAUGUUUGGGUACCUUUGCCGGCGGAAGUGGCCGAAAUGCUCGGCAUCGCCAAAGAGGCUACUUCUCCAGCAGCUGCCCAAGCUGAAUGGAAGGAAACCUUUCCUGGCGAGAUGCCGCCAGAGCUCCCUGCCACGCAAGACUUUGCAGCCGACUACUUGCCAUCUUCCGCGGACUAUCCUGUCCGCCUGCUUGACGGCAACAUGAGCCGCCUGCGAUUCCGCAGGGAUCCCAGGGUGCCGUCUGGCUUCACCGCUGAAUGGCGUGUGGCCAACAGAGCUUUUCCUGCGCCUCCUGAAUUCCAACUUGAAGCGGCAGUCCUGCGGGUCACGGAAUAUUUUUCCGUGCCACAUAUGAAACUUGAUCUCACUCCCGAAGCCCAGCAAAUGCACAUGUCCUACCAGGGUGGAUUGAAUGCGCAGUCCCACAUGGCCCGGGAACGUGCAGAUCCUGUUGGUGGAGCCCGCCUCGGCGCUGCGCCGUGGCGCAUCGGCGUUUUGGCCGGGCUGCUGCUGGUCUACGAAAUCUUCUCAGGAGUCUACAGCGCCGACCGCUUGCAGCAGAAAGAUUUGCAG